CCUCAUCUCAAGCGGCUGCUGUAGGACCAAGGCAGAGUGAAACUGAAGAUGGCUGCAGGUAAAGCGCGCAUCGGGCAUCUGGCCCCUGACUUCAAGGCCACAGCAGUCAUGCCAGAUGGACAGUUUAAAGACCUCAGCAUUUCCAACUACAGAGGGAAGUAUGUGGUGUUCUUCUUCUACCCACUGGACUUCACCUUUGUGUGCCCUACUGAGAUCAUCGCCUUCAGUGACGCUGCCGAGGAGUUCAGGAAGAUCGACUGCGAGGUCAUUGGUGCCUCUGUUGACUCCCACUUCUGCCAUCUUGCCUGGACCAACACACCUCGUAAGCAGGGCGGUCUGGGUCCAAUGAAGAUCCCUCUGGUAGCCGACACACUGCGUUCCAUCUCCACGGACUACGGGGUGCUGAAGGAGGACGAGGGCAUCGCCUACAGGGGCCUAUUCAUUAUUGACGCCAAGGGCCUCUUGAGGCAGAUCACCAUCAACGACCUUCCAGUGGGACGCUCCAUCGACGAGACCCUGCGUCUGGUGCAGGCCUUUCAGUUCACUGACAAACACGGAGAAGUCUGUCCCGCCGGCUGGAAACCAGGAAGUGACACCAUCAAGCCCGACACCCAGAAGAGCAAAGACUUCUUCUCCAAGCAGCACUAAGAUGAUGAGUGUCUGCAGCCUGCUGUAGGACAACUACAGUUACAGUACAUUUCAAUAGAACAAUAGGCUACUGCUCUUCACUAUCUAUGUGCCUGGGAACUGUAGAACAAUGUCAUCAGCAUUCCAUUAUCUGUCAUGUGUUUAGAUAGAAAUGAUGACCAAAGAAUCAAGAUUAGAUUGUGUUGGAGAUGUUUUAGUGUCAUUAACCAGGUUCCAUCCAACCUUUUUAUGCGAGUAAAGUACAUGUCGGAUGAAAAAUGUAUUUGCCGGUAAACUUUCCAAAUGACAA